CUUCACUCUGCUGUGCUGAACUCGUGCUCCGCUCCACAAAGAACUAUCGUGGCUUAUACUUUUUUGAACAUGUACGUGGAAUUAGUCGAAAAGUAUUAUAAACCAAGUUAAGCAAACGAGUUAUAACCGAAUAGAGGAGCUGCAAUUCUGCACACCUUUGAGCAGCAGUAUGAUGCAGGCAGGAGUCUGUCUGAGACAGGACACUGAGACAACACUACCAGAGCUCACUGAGCAGCACAGGAUCAGACUGAAAGAAGAGGAACUCAGUGGACUGGAGUCAGAGACAGAGUGUGCUGCACCAGGACUCAACACACUGGAGCCAGAGUGUGUUACAGCACACAGCGGGGUCAGUGAUGGACACCACACACACACAUCAGUGAUAAAAACAGAAGCUGAUCUGGGCUCCACCCACACUGGGGAUCUUAUUAAGACAGAGAGCCUAGACUUUACAGAGCUGGGAUAUGAAACCCAUCUGCAUCCUGACCAAAUCAAAACAGAGACUGAAGAUGGAGGAUACCUUCAGGCAGAACACAUCAGUGACCUGCAUGUUAUUGAAUGUGUUGAUGAAUUGAAGUGUGAAUCCAGUGAAAGUUUAGUGAGUGAUCUCAUGAACACUGUGAUGGAUGGAGCUGGUGUUGAUCUCAAAGACCAGGCUGAACCAUGGCAAUGUGCAGGAGAGACAAUUUCAAAUAGCACCAAACAUAUACAUUGUCAGAGAAUGAAUGUCUUCACUGAAUCCAUGAUAAUUAAUUCACGAAAAAAGCCAAGCCUUUUGAAUUUCUCUCAAAAGAAGAUAAUUCAUAGAAAGAAAGGUGAAAAUCAUACAGUUGAAAAGCCACACAAGUGUACACAAUGUGGAAAGUGCUUUUCCCAAAUAGCUCAUUUAAACAGACACCUGAGAAUUCAUACUGGUGAAAAGCCCUACAAAUGUAUUGAAUGUGGAAAGUGCUUUUCCCAAAUGGCUCAUUUAAGUAGCCACCAGAGAAGUCAUACUGGUGAAAAGCCCUACAAAUGUAUUGAAUGUGGAAAGUGCUUUUCCCAAAUGGCUCAUUUAAGUAGCCACCAGAGAAGUCAUACUGGUGAAAAGCCCUACAAAUGUAUUGAAUGUGGAAAGUGCUUUUCCCAAAUGGCUCAUUUAAGUAGCCACCAGAGAAUCCAUACAGAUAAAAAGCCCUACAAGUGUAUUGAUUGUGGCAUAUCCUUUUCCCUUAAAUGUAAAUUAAACAGCCACCAGAGAAUACACACAGGUAAAAAGCCAUACAAGUGUACACAUUGCGAGAAGUGUUUUCAUGUUAAAUCUAUUUUAAAUCAACACUUGAAAAUUCAUACGGGUGAAAAACCCUACAAAUGUAUUCAAUGUGGGAGGUGUUUUUCCCAAAUAGCUAAUUUAAGUAGCCACCAGAGAAUUCAUACUGGUGAAAAACCCUACAAAUGUAUUCAAUGCGGAAAGUGCUUUUCUCAAAUAACUCCUUUACGUACCCACCAAAGAAUUCAUACAGGUAAAAAGCCCUACAAGUGUAUUCAAUGUGGGAAGUGCUUCUCCCAAAGAACUAAUUUAAAUAGCCACCAGAAAAUUCAUACAGGUGAAAAGCCAUACAAGUGUACACAGUGUGAGAAGCGCUUUUUCCAAAUAGCUCAGUUAAGUAGCCACCAGAAAAUGCAUACUGGUGAAAAGCCAUACAAGUGUACACAGUGUGAGAAGUGUUUUCAUGCAAAAUCUAAUUUAAAUACACACCUUAGAAUUCAUACAGGUGAAAAGCCAUACAAAUGUAUUCAAUGUGGGAAGUGCUUUUCCCAAAGCGCUCAUUUAAGUAGCCACCAGAGAAUUAUACUGGUGAAAAACCCUACAAAUGUAUUCAAUGUGGGAAGUGCUUUUCCCAAAUAACUCCUUUACGUAGCCACCAGAGAAUCCAUGCUGGUGAAAAGCCCUACAAGUGUACACAGUGUGAGAAGUGUUAUGAAUUUGAAUCUCAUUUGAAUACACACCUGAGAAUUCAUACUGGUGAGAAGCCAUA